AUGCCGGUAUGUGUGCUCGACCUGGUCAUGCUGGAAGGGAUAUACCCGCCCUUGGCUCAAGGUGUUGGGAUUCCAACCGAACAACGGACGAGGAAUUCUACAUUGCCUUGGGUGGUAAUGGGACUGCUGAGGGCGAGGAGCGAGAAGGUGCGAAACUGGAAGGGUGCGGAGUUCCUGCGACCUGUUAUUACGACAUUCGUGGAGUUAUGCAGUGGAGAGCAUGUCGCGGGCGAGGGAUAUUUGCUCCAAAGGACAGGCGAACGGGCUUUUGUGCAGGGCAUCACCGUGUGUGCCGAAAUGGUAUUCCAUCCC